AUUGAGUGCUAAACUCAAUUUUGGUGGUAAUUGUCCUACUAUUCAAAAGAAGAGAAUGGUUAUUGCUCAGUGCUUGUCUGGUACUAGUUCCUUGAAGGUUGGAGUUGAGUUUUUAGCCUAGCAUUACCUUUCAAAAACUAUAUACAUUCUGCUGUCAUCAUAGGGAAACCUUUUAAAGUUUUCACGAUGGCAGGGUUAUUAGAGAAGACUUGUCACUACUUUGAUACAACAAUUCAUGGGCUCAAUUUCCAAGACUUGCUAGAAGAUCUUGGUGCAGCACCAAUUGGAGCUAUGAUACUUUUUCAUGCGUGUGCUCAUAACCCAACUCUUGAGCAGUGGGAGAAGAUUUGGCAGUUGAUAAGAUCUCAAGGGUUAUUGCCCUUCUUUGACAACGCUUACCAAGGGUUCACAAGCAGUAGUUCAGAUGCGGAUGCAGAUGCACAGACUGUUUGUAUGCCUGUUACAGAUGGUGGAGAAUACCUUAUAGCUCAAAGUUAUGCAAAAAAACUGAGACUUUAUAAGGAGCUUGUUGGUGCUCUGAACAUCGUUUGUAAGGUACAUGAUAUCGCAAGCAAGUUUAAGAGUCAAUUAAAGCUUGUGAUUGGGCCUAUGUAUUCUAAUCCACCUAUUCCUGGCAUGUCAAUUGCAGACACCAUUCUCAAGAACAGUUAUAUGUAUAAUAAGUGGAAGAUUGAAUUAAAAGCAGUGGUAGGUCAAAUUAUCAGUGUGCACAAACAACUAUUUGAUGCUUUAAGCAUUAGAAAGACUCCCGGUGACUUGAGUUACAUUAUCAAGCAAAUUAGAAGAUAUACUUUUACAGGUCUUAGUUCCCAGACUGUUUUGGGUUUUGCCUUAAGCUUCACUAAUGUGCUGGUUCAGCACAUACCAUCUUCCAGGGAUGAAAACCAUGAUGUAGCAGAAGCUAGGAAAAUUUUUUUUGGGAAACAAAUUAACAGCAAGUAUACUUCAGUCUACGGUCUAAUGGAUGAGAUCCUUGGUGUUAGUGCUUAUUUUGGCCUUACAAGUUUCUGGAUUUCAUCCUUGAGGAUAAGGAUGUUUUUCAACGAGGGAGCACUUUGGGUAGCUCUUGGGGAGGAGGCCGAAGGGUGUGUGGCAUUUUUAUUUUGGUGGAGGCCAGUCUUGUGUCGGGUUGCACUGUCCGGAGGUUAUGGUGGAUGGUGUCAUGAUGAAGGCAGUGAAUUUAUGGCAUUUCUCUUUGGCCGUGAUGGGUUUGGUCUUUUGGGAUUAAAGGUGUUGAGGGGGUUUUUUAUUAGGUUGGGAGUUUUCCUUUUUGUCGAGUAUUCCUCCUGUUCUUUGUGUAUUCCCCUUCCCUCUCUACGUGAAUUUCAUCUGUGA